AUGAGUGCGCCAGAUACUCUCCCAUACAUUACAGCGAGAACACCAAGGACCUCCUCCAAGGGAAGCAGUCCCGUGAGUAGUACAGCCGUCAUAAAGCCUCACGAGCGACCUGCCCUCAUCUCCUUGGCAAUUGAAUCACCCAUCAGUUCUCCCGGUAUGGACCACCGGGAGCAGAAGAUGAGGAAGCCGUCGGGGAUGUCGGCUGGGAGUACCACGUCGAGUAACAAGACCCACAGCAGUCAGGGAGUGGGCUAUCUCAAGAAACAGGACCGCACGAAAACGUGGUGCCCAACGUCAACAGAGCCAAUCACGAGUUCAAAAAGUGACGAUCAGAAGUUAGAGACGUUGCCGGAGGGACAGGCGACCAUGGCGAAUGACACUACUGGUCACGUGUCACCUACACGUAGACAGAGAAAGGCACGCACGGAUGCUGCAUCACAGUUUUCCAAGACCCCCAGCAAAGCGACGAACCUCUCCAGACGCAGCGUCUCUACGCAGGAUCUGUCUUCGAUAAAACGUGACAAGAACAACAGUGAGACGCCCCGACAGAGCAAGAAGACGAAACUACAGCGUUAUAACUCGGAUCAAAAACUAACAGACAUUACCGGUAAUCGAAAAAACAGUCACAGUACGCAGACGAAUUCGAACCAGCGGCGGUCAUUGGGAUAUUCUAGCGGUGACCGUGAUACGAUACCACAUUCACAUUCCCGGCGGACUAGUAAACGGGAAUCAGUACAGAGUUCACAAAUGGACGAAACAGGUGAUGAUGCUGGUUAUGAUUCCGAUGAGGGCCGCCAGGAUCGCAUCAUACAGUGGCUGAUCGGCGUUGAAACGUCGUGUGAAGAGCGCCCCCCGGAGCCAACCAUUGUUGACACUGGUCCCCUACAAACUGAUACCGCUAUUCACAUAGUGUAUGAAAGUCAGAAGUCACAGCAACCUAUAAACUUGUCACAGCUGCAGUUGAACGGGAAAUGA